UGGUUUUGUCACAAGUUAACACUCGCAAGCGCAAGUGAUGCGAUUUCGCUAAAGCGUAAUAUACAUAGAUAAUCUAUAAUAUACAGAAAAGUUGACAGAUAUUUAUAGAAGAGCAAUAAUAUUCUACAUAAAUACGAGAUAAUCAUAUUUAAUUGCUACAAGAAAAGGAUAAAUAUUACAUUUGCAUUUAGACAGAAUGCAAUCAUAAUAUAGUAAUUAUUAAAGUAAAGAGUGGAAGAAAGAAGAGAAUAGAGAAUUUAUUUAGCUAAUAUCAAUCUGUCAUCAUGGUUGGGCCUGAUUUACCAGAAAUUCCAGCAUCUUUGAAAACUAUACAGCAGUACUUGAAAAUAGCAGCAACCCAUGAUCAACGCGAUCCUGUAGUUAGUUAUUGGUGUCGUUUAUACGCGCUCCAAACGGGUUUGAAACUUUCAACCAAGAGCCCAAAAGAGACAAACUUUUUAAUGAAAUUAAUGGACUGGUUAGAAACGACUAAAAAAGAGUUGCGGGACAACGAAGCUAUCACGAACGAUGUUGCCGCACAGGCGCAUCUGGAAAAUUGGGCAUUGAAGCUUUUCCUUUACGCGGAUAAAAAUGAUAGAGAGGGUAAUUUUGGGAAGAAUAUAAUACAAAGCUUUUUCACCGCUGGAUUACUGUACGACGUAUUAACUACUUUCGGUGAAUUGACCGAGGAAGCUGCGCAAAAUAGAAAAUACGCGAAAUGGAAAGCGGCGUACAUUCACAAUUGUUUGAAAAACAAUGAAACACCUGUACCAGGACCGAUGCCAGACGACGCUGAAAAUGUUGAUUUUGAUAGUAAUGCAAGCCCAGAUAGUGGUGAAACAACAACGAAACCAAAAGGAGACGAAACAUCAUCACGUUCGAACGAGUUGAUCGAUAUUCAUGACAAUGAUUCGUCUAGCGAGGUACCCGAUAGGAGUAACAAAGGAAACAUUGGACAGUGGUCUUCUGAAGAUAAAGAUUAUAAUGUGGCGAUGAAAACAGAAGGAGGAGUUGAUUUGUCCGUAGAAGAUAUAAGUAAAGCACAAAAAUUAAUCAAGUGGGCCGGAAGUGCUUUGAAUUACGACGAUGUGCCUACAGCUAUACUAAAUCUUCAGAAGGCUCUAUGUCUUUUAAGGACUGGCCAAGAAGAGGCAUGAUGGAAAACAUGAUUGAAUAUAUUGUAUCUCUUUCGACGCUUUAUAACUCUAGCAGCAAAUUAUUCUAACUCGAAAUUCACGAAACAGCAUCGACUAGUAUCGCGUGAAGACAGUAACAUAAAUACGAGAAUAUGAAAAUAUGCGAAAAUAUUUAACUGAUGCGAAAGUAAAAAUAAUAAGUUAUUUAUUGAAUUGUUUACAUCAUUGCAGCCACGCCGAACAUAUUAAAGGUAUUUUUUAAAUAUCAUGUUAUUUUGUUGUAUGUAAAAUCGGCGUUCGUAUUUAAACUUGUUAUUACUGAAAUGUAUCGUCGAAACUGAGUAGCACAAUGUGAGUGCAAAACUUUACAGAUUCGUGGUAAAACUGUAAUAUCUUCUUUCGCUUAUACUUAUAAAGAAUGGUAUCGAGAAAUCUA